ACUUUCCAGGAGUGCACACCAUCUUUUUCUGAUAUUGAAAAUUAUCUUCUUCAUCAUCAUGAAAGUACUUCUCGUUGCUGCACUGGUUGCCCUGAUUCAUGGCAGUUAUGCCACUUUGCUCAUUAAAGGACCGACCCAUUUUGUGACGCCAAGAACACCGGCCAUUCUGGAGUGUCAGUACUCAGACUCUGAGCACAACAUCAGCCAGGUCUUUUUUGAGUACUUAGACCCAACGGGUUGGCAUCUAUAUGACGAGACAUGGUACGAUCAGAGAAUCGCGUUCUGUGGACCAUGGCGGUUUUUUGUCAAGCGGACAGAAGAACAGGUCGCCUUGCAACUAAACUAUAUGAUUAAUGUUCGUUUCCCCCACCGAUGUGUGAGCCAUGCCGAAAAUGUGACUGACGCAGACAGAUACUCCCAGCCUCUGUCCUUAAAAGUUUAUGAUUUCAGAUACAUGGAGCUGCAGAGGGAUGGCUACAGCAUGUCCCUGAACGGAAAGGAGCUGAAGGUGCGACAAGGGGAGGACGUGGUGGUGAACUGCUCUGCCACUUCAUCGGAGGAGCCGAGGUUCUCCUGGAGUAGAGACGGUGACGACUGGAUCCUGCCUUCCCCUACUCUGACGCUGAGGAAGAUAAAGGAGACGGAUGGAGGAAAGUACACUUGCAUUGCAGACCAUCCCACUGAGGACGAUCUCACCAAUAAACUCUCAUUCACCAUCACCGUGCUGCCUGAGGAUGCCCCCUGGUAUGAGACCAGUUAUGGCCGUCUCGUGCUGAUGACCUCUGCGGCGGGUGCCUCCCUCUUGGUGUUCGUCCUCUCCAUGAGCAUAUUCCUGUGCCGCAGGGCCAAGCAGGCCAAGACCAGCAAGGGACCCAUUGAUGACCGGUCUCAGAAAAAGCCCAUCUACAAAACCAGUGUGGAGUCCCUGCCCUCCACCUGCGCAGACAAACAACCUCUGGUGUGACUGCACAGGCAGGUGGAAGGAUGAGGAGGGAGGAGGAAGAUGAGGAAGAUGGAGUGGGUGGCCAGAAAAUGAGCAAUGGCAUGGAAGGGAUACUUAAAGAGGGAGGAGGAGGCAUAGGGAUCUGGAUGGUCACAUUGGAGGUGGAGAGAAGGAGGAAAUGAGGGAAGCAAAAAGGGAUAUUUAGAGACAGUAGGGAAGGGACAGCGGAAAAAAUAUUAAGGGCAAAUUACUGCUUUUGGGACAUAGAAGCUGUGUUGCUUGUGUGUAGGCUGUGGUUAUAUCUUAGACAGAAAGAGGGGCACUUUUCUCUUCAUUUAUUCUGCAGCAUUCGAAAAUAGUUAGCUGCUAUCUUUACAAAAUGACGGGAGAUUAAUUGUGUGUACUGUAAGACCUGUAAAGAGUCCACAUGCAAUUCUGUCUUUUCUGUUGCAAACAUGAUUGCUUAGCUGUGUAUUAUAAGUGAGCUGUUUGGGUGAUAGUGCAAGGUUUUAUUUUGUUGAUUUGUUUCCCUUUCAGCCUCUUUUUUUUUUUUCCCCCAUAGCACAACCAGCUCAAAGCAUCUUUGACAAGGUUUUUAUAAUCUCUUUACAGUGACAGCUCUCAAGCACAUCACACUCGACUAUUUCAUUUUCUGUACUUUGGAUUUCUUUGAUAUUAAAUGGCUUUCAGUAA